CUGGCUUCACUGUCAAUUCGAGAGCUGCGAAGUGUACGCUCGCGUCAUUACGUAGUGUGUUUACAGUGCAGUGCGUUUUGUGAAGAGAUUUCGUAUGCUGUGAAGUGAAAGAUAGUGUUGGUUAAAAACAAAUAAGUGGAAUUUGUGUCAUCGAUACAAUGUUCUUAGUGUAUUAAAAGUGUUUUUAUCAAAAUGUGUGACGCACCGUGGUGUGCAAAAUUGAUUUUUGCCACGUAGUGACGCGAACGGGUAAUGAUUCCUAAUGUGGAGUUCGAAGCAAGAUGGUUAGAGAGACUCGGCACCUGUGGGUUGGAAAUUUACCCGAUAACAUACGAGAAGAUCGAAUAAGAGAGCAUUUUAAACGCUAUGGCCGAGUCCAGAAUGUCAAGUUAUUGGGUCGAAUGGAGAGCGCAAGUGCAAACACGAGCGGGGGCGCCAACAGCGGCGUCUGUGCCACUGUUGCCUUUAUGGACAUCAAGUCCGCGUCGAAGGCUCACAACGUGGAGCACGUGCUCGACGAGCGAACCCUCACCACGGAGUAUUACGAGCCGGCCGCGAUACCAUCGUCCGCGGGCGCCCCCUCCGCCGGCUCCUCGCCUGCCGGUUCCGGCUACUCAGGUUCUUCAUCCUCCGUGAAUUCUGCACCCGCUCCUGUCUCCACCUCGCGCUACCACCUAUCCGGCGAGGAGAGCGCCGGGAACGCUUGUGCGAUGGCGGCAUCGGCGGCGGCGUCGGCGGCAGCGUCGGCGGCGGCGCCGGCCACGUGGCGCGGCACCAACGACAGCGCCACCGACUACUGCCGCCGCGGCAACACGCCCGCCGCGUACGGCCGAUACCAGAGGAACAACUCCACGGCGCCGUACGCUACCCCGCCAUCUAAUACUGAACGGACGGCGGGUCACGCGCGAUGGUACCCGGGCGGGGCGGGGUCGGGGGGCGCGGCGGGCGGCGAGAGCGCGCCGAGCACGCCGGGCGGCGGCGGCGGCAGCGGCGGCGGCGGCGAGCGGCGGCGGCGCGCGUCCGGCUCGGGCUCCAGCCGGUCGCGCUCCGACUCCAGCAGCCCGGAGCCCAGCGACACGUCGCGCGCCUCCACGCCGCACGCGCCGCCGCCGCCGCACAACCGACCCACGCCACCCUCACAUCCCCAUCAGUGGCCAUCCACUGCCAACGGUCGACCCUUAGCAAUCUGCGUUAGAAACCUGCCUACCCGAUCAACCGAUAGCUCCUUGAAAGACGGAUUAUACCACGAGUACAAGAAACACGGGAAAGUGGUGUGGGUGAAAGUGGUCGGUCAAAAUGCAGAUAGAUAUGCGGUGGUCCGAUUCAAAAAACCGUCCGAUGUAGACAAGGCACUUGAAGUAUCUCAAGAUAAACUUUUUUUUGGUUGCAAGAUCUCAGUGGCACCUCACCAAAGUUGCGACGAUGACGCGGAGUCUGCGAAACCUUAUGAGACUGAUAUCGACGAGUACCACCCCAAGGCUACUAGAACGUUAUUCAUCGGAAACUUGGAGAAGGACGUUACGCAGCAACAGUUGAGGGAGAAGUUCAAGCACUUCGGGCGAAUAAUAGAGAUCGACAUAAAGAAGGGCAGCGGCGGCGGGGCGGGGUACGCGUUCUGUCAGUACGCGUCGAUCUCGAGCGUCGUGGAGGCGAUACGCGCGAUGGACGGCGAGUACGUCGGCAGCUCGCGGGUGAAACUCGGCUUCGGGAAGCCCGUCGCCACCACGUGCGUCUGGGUCGAUGGACUCACGGAGCAUACGGAGAAGCAGGUCCUGGGCGCGGUGUCGCGGUGCGGCUCCGCGACGUCCGUGUGCGUGGACCGUGCGGCGGGCGCGGCGCUGGUGCACUUCGAGCAGGCGGCGGCGGCGGGCGGCGCGGUGCGGGAGCUGCGUCGCGUGGCCGCCAUGCUGUCCGCCGCCGAGCCCGAUCACCCGCGAUUGUGCGUCGACUACGCCUCCCGCGAGUGCCAGGAAGCCUUUUACGAACAAUUGGAGAAACAUGGGGGAUCGUCCGCGCUGGCGGGCGGCGAACGAAUGGCGAGCGAGCUAUCGGGACGUUAUUUACCUACGCCUAGGCAUGAUACGCUGAGGUACGACGCGACCGGGCCGAGGUCCCGAGCGUCGAGUUUCGGCCGCUCGACGUCGCGGACGCCGCGCUACUCGCACGACGUCUACGACCCGGCCGAAUACGCCGCCGACAGGAGAUACAGGGUAUACGACGAGUUAGGAUCGAGUCCCCAAACCGACGAUGCUAAUUAUGAAGAUAGGCUUCAGUCGGUUGUCGUCUCACCUCAUCGAGCACACAAACAUCGACGGGAUUCCAGUCCUGAGGAACGUAAAUUGUCAAAAGAAAGACAUCGGAGUGCCGGCGCGGGUUCGCGGCGGUCUCGAUCGGGGUCUCGAGGCGAGAAGCACGUGUCGAGGCGGCGGCACCGGCGGCGUCGGGACGGGUCGGAAUCGCGCGGCUCCCGUGCGUCUCGCGCCGGCACGCCGCUGCGGGACGAAGUCGACGUCGCUGGUGCGCCGCCGACGGAACCUCGUCGUCCGCCCCGGGAACGCCCGCCGCUACCGAUGAGUUUGCCGCUACCCAAAUUCGCCGUGCAACUCUUACGUGCCGCACCGUCCGUUCCUCGGGUCGUCCCUCCGCCCGCUCCCGCGUCGCCGCCCCGGCCGCCUUCGGCGUCCUCGUCGAGCGGCGGGUCGGCGCCGCACUCGCCGUCUCUCGAGGAAAGAAUUAGAUCGUUGGACGAAAAAUAUGAGCGUUGGACUGGCUCCCGGGCUCAUAUGGACGCCCCGGAUCGCGCUCGUCUUCGCCACCGGCUUCUCGAAUUAGAUAUCAACGAGGUCAAGCCGUCAGAAGUGGUGCGGUCGCUUCUAGCGAAACGGUCAGUUUUCGACGAAGACUCGGAACGAUUGGAGGUGGCCACGAGAGCUCCCAGCCCGAGUGGAAGUCCGCGCUCCCUCGCCUCGGUUGUGCCGCGGACGUUGCGAUAUCCGUUUCCAUCACAUACUACUCAAGUGCCUCAAACAGUGCAUACUCCGCCGUUACCGGACUCCGAUGAACCAGAAAGAACGAUAGAUCCUAGAUUAAAUCGACCUUCCCCCAUAGAAAAGACGAAAUCUCUAGAUUCAGAUAAUACCUAUGAAUCGAGGCUUAGAUUAAGAACGCCUUCGACCGAUAAAACUUUCCAUGAGUCGGUCGAAAGAAAAACAUCGCCCACUGAAAAAGAUCGUCUAGAACUAGUGAAAGAAGAAAGAAAAAGGAGAAACUCUAUUCUCAUGCUUAGUGAUGAAUUUAAAACUAAUUUACCUGUUGAAAAACUACAACAAGAAAAAUCUUUAUCUGAUAAACAGUUUGAAAAUAGCGUUCUUAUGGAAUUGCAAGAUAAAUGUUAUUCAAGUGAUAGUUUCUCAUGUUUGGAAGAAAAAACUUCUGCAGAAAAAGGUGACAAUCGGACUGAGAAAAUAACUGUAACGAACCCAAAUAAUUAUGUUGUCAAUAGUCUUGAAACGUUUGUAAGCUCCAAAGAAGAAAAGGCAAAAAAUCAAGAUGUUAAAAUGCAACUAGUUAAAGAAGAUGCAUCAACCAGUAUAAAAAUAGACAAGUUGUUAAUAAAAAACGAUUUAAAAGUUAAUGAUAAAUCAGAAACAAAACUCGACGAUAUGAAACCAAAAUUAGACACUGAACCUAAGUCUAAUGAAAUAAUAUCUUGGAAGCGAAAAGAAAGUGACCGGAAGGAGAAAAAUUCAAUCUCUAAUUUUCAUAAGGACUCUCACCCCUCUAAUUUAUUUAACCCCCACAAUUCUAUUGAGUUGAGUAAAUGCACAACAGAUUCCAAAGCAAUCGAUAGUAUCAAUAAAGACAAAUGUGAAUUAAAUAAGACACCUAAUUUAAAUGUUGAAGGUAACGAGUCACAUACGUUUGAAGUCAACAAGUCUCUCGAUAAAGUAAAACAGAGCAAUGUAUUUUUUCCCUUUGAAAAAAGAUUAUCUGAAAUUGAUAAGACUGUAGAUGAAAUCCUUAAAGCGGACAGAGAAAGACAUAAAUCGUCGAAAGAUAAACCUGAAAGGGAAAAUGACAAGGAAAAAGGACGAAAUAAAACUAUAAAAGUUGAAAAGAACGAAAAAGAUAAAAAGGUUAAAGAUGAACCAGUGAGCCAUAGAAAUAAUGGAGACAAAAUUGGAAAAAUUAAAUCUGAGAAAUUAGACAAAGACGAUGAUAAACUUCCUGAUAAAGAAAAGGAAUUUAGACAUGAAGAGAAAUCAGCACGUCAUGAAAAUCAUAAAAAAGAUAAAUCCGAAAAAGAAAAAAGAAAGGAAGGAGUUUUUGAUUUGGAUAUUUCUCAAAGUAAAAUAAAAAAAGAAGAUCGUUUUAAACACGACAGGGCUAAAAGAGAAAGUAGUGAUUCUAAACGAGAUAGUAAAAAGGAUAUCGAAACUAAAAGUCGUAAAUCUUCACGUGACGAAUCGUCAAGGGAUAUUGGCCGUAAAGAUUCAACAGAUUCAUCGGCUUCCAGAGCAUCACACGAUUCCACAAGAACUAAAGAAUGUGAGAGUGAUGGUAAAGAAGACACUAAAACUAAAGUAAAACUAGAGAUUGUAAAAUUAGAAAACGAAAAGAAUUUUAAAUUAUUUGAAACUAAAAUUGAAAAUAAAGUAAAAGUAAAAAACGAAAUAAAAGAAGAGAAAGAGGGAAGAGACCACGGUUCAAAAACAAAAACAGACAAUAGUCACGAACUUAAUAAAAGCAGAGACACUGAUAAACAGCGACAUUACUCUCUAGAUUCCCCAAGUACUGAAUCUAAAAGAAAGGAAAGACUCAAUUCGUGCUCUAGUUUACCAGUGAGCAUUGGGAAUAAACGAAGGAUGUCAUCACAUGAAAGUAUUGAUUAUAAUAUUGGUGACGAGAGUAAGAAAUGUCGUAGUGAUGUGAAACACGAGAGAAGAGACAGUAAGGAUUCCAGAAAUUCUGAAAGACCUAAGUCAACCAAAUUUAAUAAAGGCCAUUUUGCAAAAAUAAUUGAAAGCAAAACGAAAGAUGACAAAAAGAAUCAAGUUAAACCACCCGAUGAGGUUUUUAGUGAAAUUAAAGACGUCGAUGAAAAAGACGGUUUACUGGACAAAAAUAAGACAAAGAGGAAUCAUCAGGAAGAUAAUAUGAAAGAUGCAGUUAUGGAGGGUAAAAAUACAAUAUCGGAUACUUUACAAAACAAUUUUGAUUUCCUUGCUACAUUAGAGUUGAGAUCAAGUGAGGAAGACGAAAGACAAAAAGCGCUAAGAAAGGAAAUGAAAGAGAAAAAGCGCAUUCAACAACUGCAACAGAUUCAAGAGCUUCAGCAACAGGCAGAUGCCUUACAACAGGCAGAACAGAUGAAUAAAAUGAAAGAUGAUAAAAAAUAUAAAACCGACGACAAGAAAAAAGAGGCUAUGCGUGAAAAACGAAUGUCAACUGAACGUAAAAGUAAAGAUGAAAAGAACGAUAGCAUCAGACGGAAAAGUCGUAAAGCAACUAACAGCACUGAUACUUCAGAUUCUGAUGAACCCAAAAAGCAUUCAAUAUUUGAUAUCAUUGAUGAUGAACCAACUUACACCAUGUACGAUAAAGUAAAAGCACGUUCUUGUAAAAACAUGCAGAAACAAGAAGAAGAAAAGCGCCAGGAAAAAAUAAAGGCUAAGUUUAGUCAGUUAAAGCAAAGUAGAGCAAAAAGAGAAGAAAAGAAAAGAUCCAGCUGGGAUGAAGAUAGUGAUUCCGAUCACGAUAGAUCUAAAACACAUAAAUUGUCCAUGGAUAGUUCAUCUGAAGAUGAAGGUUCUAUAACACAAAACAAGAAACGCGAAAAACGUUUAAGUUCAAGUUUUGAUUAUGAUCAUAGCAGAGAUAAUGACUUUUUCAAUAGUACAAGCAAUGAUGAAGAUAUUCGAAAUAAGCUUACACGCAAAAAUUCGCGAACAAGAAUUAUAUCUGACACAUCUGACGAUGAUAUGUCCACGGGUAAAACUAAUGGUCCUGAUUACAUUAAUAAUAUUAACAAAGAUGCUUCCAACUUACUUAAAUUUAAUGAUUCGGAUAUAUUAUUAAAAAAUUCUUGUGAAGAUAAGAUUAAGAAGACUUCGUUGUUAAAUUUGUUUGGUAAAAGUGACAGCGAAGACAACCGACAAAAAUUAAGCUUAGAUAUUCAUAGUGACUUUCGUAUAUCUUACAAUAAAUCGUUUACUAAUGAUUUUUCGUCAGAGAGUGAGUCAAAUCCCUUGAAUCGUAUUCAUUCAGAGAUGCGAAGAAAACAUAAAAAGAAGCAAAGAAAAUAUAAAUUUUUACUGUCAGACGAUGAUGCCAAACACGAAACUAAUAAUAUUGACUGUAACAAAGAAAUUGAAUUUGACAUAGAAAGUAAAUAUAAAAAUUCGGAUAAAACUCGCAGACAUAGUAGUAAAAAAGAAAAGCGUAAAGAAAAGAUCCGUGAUAGCUUUGACAAUGAAAGAGAAGAGCAACGUGACCAAAAUAAUAAAAUUCAGGACAAAAAACGAUCGCCUAAUCAACCUUCUGACUCACUAGCAGAAAUAACACCAAAUUCUAUUAAAAAAGAAGGGCGAAUGGAAGAUAUUUUUGGCCCGCUAUCAGAUGAAUCUGACAGAGAUUCAAACAUGAUUCAUGUAAAUAAAACUGAAAAUAAUUUAUCUGAAUUUGAAGCAAAAGUAACUCCUAAUAGCGACAAAGUUGGUUUCCUUGAUUGCGAUGAAAAUAGGCAUCACAAAGAUGAAAGCAAUAGGCGAAAGAAAGAGAAAAAACGAAAAGAGAAGAAACAUUUUGCAACCAAAGAAGAUGAAAAUAGUCUUGAUGUAGAUGCCGUAAGCAAGGCUAUAGAAGCACGUUUGUUUGCUGAUACGUCGAAUACUGACGAUAAUCGUAUAAAGUUCGAAGCUAUAGCUGAUAAUUUACCAAAACAGGAUCAAAACGAGUUUCAAAACAAUAUUAAAGUCGGCUCUGACCUUGAUAUGCUAAGCCACAAACACGCUGAAAGAUUGAAAAAGGACUCGAGAGAUCGUAAAAAGAAAAAGAAACGUAGUCGCGAAGACAAGCGUAGUAGGAAAAACCAUCAUCAUUUUUACCAUCAUGAAAAGACUGACAAAGUAGAUGACAUCGAAAAUGUUGAGUUAUCACCAAAGCGACUCUUGGACAUUCCUCUUCCCACAGACGUUCAAAAACAUGACAAUCUUGAAAAAUCCGAUGACAGUAAAUCCCUUUCUGAAUCGCCUAGUUUGCCAAGAAUAACAGAUAGUCCAACCUUUGCUACACAGUUAGAUGAUACUUCUGAAUCUAAAACAAAUGAUGAUAUGACACCUAAACGACUAGUCGUGGAUGACAGGAUUGAAGUCGAUUAUAACGUUAAUGAAACAAUCGAAGUAGAUGAGAUUCCAAUGCCACCGCCAAUCGAAAAUAUUGUACAAGAUAUUAGUGAAGUGCCUUUGCCAAAAGAUCCGCCUAUUAAUGCCGAAAGUUGUCAAUCCACUAUAACUAAUAUAACAGCAGAUUAUGACAUGAAUAAAUCAGAAGUUGAUUCGAAUGAAGACGCUGUUCGAAGCAUAUGCAAUUUAGAUGAGGAUCCAGAAAAACAAAAAGCAAGCAGUGAGUCUCCCUUAACAAAACAAGAUAAAAAAGUUGAAGAAAAACCUAGGGCAGUUAUAUCACAAGAAGAAACUGAAGAUGCUGUUGCUGCCUUACUAGGUGAAAGUUUUGGUGGUAACGACAAUACUUUUACAAAUUAUGAAAAGGUAGAAGUUGAUACAAUUCAUCAGGCUGAAAUUGAAUGCACUGUUGUAGAAAAUGAAAUAAUACCUGAGGAAGACGCAGAAGAAAUGAGACAAGCAGUCCAGAAUUUAAAUGCUUGCGAAAUGGAGAUGAAACCAGAUACCCCAGUCUCUGAUAAUGACCUUUUAUUAAUAGACACAGAUACUGAGGAAAAUGAAGAAAACACACAGGAUGCGAUCGAAAGGCUACCUGUAAAUAUUAUAGCAACAAAUCAAUCUCUCAAUAAUAACACAAAAACAAGUAUAGCGCUACCCUCUGAAAGUACCAAUGUUGUUGUAGCUAAACCUCAAAUUUCAGAAAAAUCAAUUCUCCCUGUGGAAACAAACGUUGAAACUAAAAAUGAUAAAGAUACUAGUUUAAAGACCCAAGUUGUCAAAAAGGACGCAGCAGAUCAAGCCACUUCUACAGCUACACCUGUCAUAACAUCGUGGACCUUAUCAAACAAGAAAUUAAUGGAACCGCGAGUAAUUAAUAUUUCAACUCCCCAUGUUCCAAGCGCAGAUGGUGAAAGUAAAACUACACAUAUAACAGCAAAUAUUGUGCAAAUCAAGUCACCACAAAAUCAAACCGUGAAAAUAAACAACACUAUUAGACCAACAUUAAAUCAAAGUAUUAAAUCUGCGCCCUAUCAAGUUAUAAAUCAAGUAAUAAGACCUCAAGUAUCUACUAUGCAGCCUCCAACAAUUAAAAUUCCGGAAUCCCAUGUGAUAUACCAAAAACCUCAAACAAUCGUCAUUUCACCGAGAUUGGCUGGCAAUGAUACUAGACUGCAAAGUCCAAAGUUAAGCCCCCAAGCUGAUGGAAUGACUUCACCGCGUCUAACAAAUAUGGCUAUAAUAAAUACAAGCUCACCACAGAAUAUAAACUCUGUUGGGUUGUCAUCACCUCCAGCGGUACAGCAGAGAUCUCCAGGACAAGUUACUGUGGUCCGGAUGCAACAACCCCCGCUUAGCCCGAUUCAUACAAUGCAUUUACCACCAGGAGCGAGAGCAAUGGUAUCACCAAAUAGGCCGAACUCAGUACUGGUUCAAACUCAGGGUGCUCCAAUACAUUUGAACCGAUUACCAGUUACUCCAGUACUUGCUCCGAUUACAAAACAUAUUAUGGGAAAUAACAAUCUCAUACAAACAGUUCCAAAAAGUAGCGUUAAUACUUCUCCCAUCAUACAUCAACAGAAAGUAAUAACCGGAGAGUGUAGAAAACCGGAUGGAAUGGCUGACAAUACAAAAAUAAUUCUGUCUCCUACGAGGCCACAACAUAACACAAUUACAAAUCCUACGAUUUUGGCCCAAAAUCGACUUAUUUCCAUGCAAAAUGCAUUGAAUGUUGGAAAUCUUAAUUCUACUUUGCAUUUAACGAAUAAAGUUUUAGUCAAUAGCAAGAACCUUUUGGCUGAAAAGAGAGAAAACCAAUUUUAUAAAUCUGAACAUAACAAUCUUCCUUCAUUUAUUCCUAAUUCCAUUUUGCAAGUGGCUACUGUAAGUCAUUCGAAUACGUCUAUAAUUCAAGGUGGAACUAAACCUGUUAUGUGUAAUACCCAGGAUUCAGGACAACUUAGUAGAGGACAGGUGUCUAAUGUAAUUCAUUCUAUUAAUUCUCAACGACUUGUUACUUCUAGCCCUAUAAGUAACGUUUUACAACUCGAAACAAAUAAAGGCCCAUCUGUAUUAUCAAUAGCUCCUGUCAGAGCAACAUCAAUUCUUUCAAAAUCAGAAAGUAGCACACCAGUUAUAACGACAUCCAGCCUAACUAAUGUUGUGAUGACACCUUUGCUACUAAAAACGAAUACUAGUCCUAAAGCAACGAUAAGACUACAUCCGAGAAGUGAAGGAGAAAUGAUUGAAAACAAAGUUUCAGUACCGCUGCACUGCAGUCAGAAUGAUUCUGCAAUUCGUCUUGAACCAAAAAAUAUUUUAAGAAAUAUAGAAAUUAAGAAUCCGAUUCCAAAAUCACCUGAACAUAUUAUAACUCCGACGAAGUGUGAGACUGAUUUUGAGGAGCUUUUGAAAGACAAUACAAAUGAAAUUAAAGUAAUAAGUGAUCCUAAUAAAAAACUUGAAGUAAAUGUUGGCAAGAGCGUAACAACUGUCACACAAAACGUAUCUAAGAAAUUAGAUGAUAAAAAUAUUGAAGAAAAAGAGUUAGUUCCACCACAAGAAACCAAUGAAAAAUUGUCAGUGAUUAAAAGCGACAACUUACAAAGCGAAUUAAAAAUGUCAAAUGAUACAGAAAUGCAUAAUACCGCAAAGGAAAUGAAAUCUGAAGACAAGCUAGAAGAAGAUAAAAACGAAAUAGCCGGCCCUUCUGUAAAUGAUUCAAUUACUGUAAAUCCAAAUGUCAUAAAGAAAGAAGAUAACAAUGAACUGAAAAAUCACAUAAAUGAAAGUUCGGAUAAAGAAACGGAAGGCAAAAAAGGCGACAAUUAUUUUUGGUCAGCAAAUGAUGUAAAUAUUGAGACUGUUAUUAAAAAAGUCGAUUCGCUUUGUAAUGAUACACAAGAAGACAAAAAACCAGACACAAAUAUUUCAAGUGAACAUCCAAAAAAUUCCGAAACUACGAACGAUGAUAUGAAGGUUGGUGCAUUAGAGCAAAAAAUUGCAGAAGAAAUUAAAGAAAUAAACGAAAGUAAAGAAGAAAUAGAGGCAACAAAAAAAGAACCUCUACACAAUGAACACAAUUUUGAUGACCCGACAAAUGAAAAGGCUAUAACAACGAGCAAAAGGGGAGGAAGAAGCAGUCGUGGUGGCAAGAGAACAGAAAAAAAUCAAGACAGAGUACAGGCACGAAAAAUAACGAAACCAGCUCGCGGUACCAAUUCUAGUAAACGUGGAAGAGGAAGAUGUAAAGCUGAUAAGAAAACAAAAAGUCUUGUAAAUAGUGGCCCCAACAAUAUUCCUGGUGAUGUGUAUGAUUUUCAUGAAGAUUCUGGUGACGAAACAUCCACAUCUCCCAACAAGAACGAGACGAGACCACGUCUAAUUUUAACGAUAAAAAGUCCACUUUCUGGUAAUUCAGGUGCAACACCUACAUCAACAUUGAGUAUAACCCCAAAAGAUCAGAAUAUAAAGGUAGAUAAACCUAAGGAGGAAAAGUCUGAAACGUUCGCUUCACCCUCUACUAAUACCAGAAAAUCCAGACGUCUGCAAGAAAAAGACAUCCAAAGAACAACCGUUGAUGACGUUAUAGAUGACGUUGUUAAAAACUCUACAAUGAUGUGCAAAAGUAACAAAGAACUUAAUAAGAAAAGACCUACCAGGCAAGCCAGUAACAAGUUGAACACGGAUAAAAACGUUUCUAACGAUACAAGAAAGUCGCCGCGAGGCACUAAAAGGCCACGAAAUAGAAGUCUCUCGGACGCAUCGAUGGACAGCAACGAGGAAGCGUUCAAAAAGGAUGAUACGUGUAGCGAACCGAAAAUAAUUAAAGUAUCGGAGCCCCUCCCCAAGGUAGUCCGGCCGGAGCCAGAACAACAAGUAGUGAAGCCGACGAAUAUCGCGCCUCCGGUGACUAGCUGUCCGCCUGUCAACCCUAUGCCUAUAAUGAAGCCACCUAAGAAGAUGAUAUCGGAAAUAAGCGCUAAGCUGGCGGGCACCUUCGACACCCCCUCGAACAUCCCCCCGAAAGUCGGCAGGGCCUCACCCACCGUCCCCGAACGAUUGGGACAGUUCAUACCGGAGCGGAUGGAAGUAGAAAAACACAAUCUGACCCGCGACAUCAGAAGCAUGGACCAAUCCAAUCCCGUCGAGCACCUGCCGGCCGCCACGGGCGAGGUCGUCGCCGCCGGAAUAUCCGCUGACGCGACGCUCGGCCGACGGCUGGUCGACAACGUGCCGACUAACAUGACGCCGGUUGGUGCCACCGAAGCGACCGACGCCCGCGUGCAGUCCCCCGCCCUGCCUCAUAGGCCGCCCUCCACACAUCGCGUGACCGACCGAGCCACACCGAUACUCAUACGGGGCGGAGACGGCGAUGCGGGCUCGACGGGGCUGGGCGCGGCGGGUGCUGCGGGCGCAGGCGUGGGGGCGUCGCGCGGGUUCCGCGGCGCGUAUCCCGGGCCCGCGUCCCUGCCGCGCGGCGCUCACCACCCCGCCCACGCCCCGCCGAAACAGAUCCCGCCCAUUGGUGCGAACCUCCCGCCAGCUUCGAGGGUCACUCUCACAAGCGUACCGGCUAUCAGCCCACAAGGACAAAUGCCUAUGUCUACGGACCUAGUCAGGAGUCCCCCGCCCGCACAUCAACAAACGUCUCCCAUAUCUUCGGUAUACCACAAUGGCGACGGGAUGUAUGCUCAUUUUUCACACCAACAUUACCAAAUGUACCAGCAACACUUUCGUGCUACGCAGCACGAAAAUCGGGCAACUCCAACGCACUUUACAAGGACAUUGGAGGCGGAGGGUUCGGAGGCGCCGACGUCGCCGCUGGAGCUACGGCGGCCGCCGUCCGCGCGCGUCCCCCGCCCCGCCCACUCGCCCGCCCCCGCAGACAGACACAACAUCAUGUACGGAGUGCGAUGCGGGCGCUCGCCGCCGCCGGCGCACGGUACGUCACGGCCGCCCGCCGCGCUGCCGCCCGCCGCGCCCGGCCCGCCGCACGCGUCGCAAGUGCCACGCGAAGCCGACUCGCUGCAGAUGCUGCUACGGCGCUACCCGGUGAUGUGGCAGGGACUGCUGGCGCUGAAGAACGACUCGGCGGCGGUGCAGAUGCACUUCGUGGGCGGCAACCCCGGCGUCGCGGCGGACGCGCUCAGCCGCAACUCGGACGGCUCGCCCGCCUCGCUGCUGCGUAUCGCCCAGCGGAUGCGCCUCGAACCCGCCCAGCUCGAUCAGGUGCACAGGAAGAUGAAGCUGGAACUGGAGCACUGCAUCCUGCUGGCGCUGCCGUGCGGCCGCGACCACAUGGACGUGCUGCAGCAGAGCACCAACCUGUCGGCCGGCUUCAUCACAUACCUCCAGCGCAAGAUGGCCGCCGGCAUCGUCAACGUCGCGCCCACACCCGGACAUCAACAGUCAAUGUAUACGGUGCACAUAUUCCCGUCGUGCGACUUCGCCAACGAGAACCUGACGCGCAUCGCGCCCGACCUCAUGCACCGCGUCGCCAACAUCGCGCACCUCCUCAUCGUUAUCGCCACAGCCAUCGCGUGAGCGACGCAGACUACGUCUCAUUGAACCGCGCGUCUCGGACCGCACCGCGCGUCCCGGACCGCACCGCGCGUUCUGGAU